UUUUGUCAGUGAGACGUGCUCGUAAGUUUUGUUUAAAAUUAUUUACUUUAACAUAGAUUUUAACAUAUAUUGAUAGCUAAGGAGAAUUGUGAUAUAAAGCAUGCGCGAAGUACUUUCAUUACACAUUGGACAAGCUGGUGUUCAAAUCGGUGAGUCUUGCUGGGAACUAUUUACGCUUGAGCAUGGAAUUAAUGGAGAUGGAACUUUGAUGCCUGGAACAAAAAUCGAUGAUAAUAUGAAGACAUUCUUUAGUGAUACAAAAAGUGGCAAAGUCGUUCCGCGUGCCUUGUUUGUUGAUUUCGAGCAGAGUGUAAUUGACAGAAUUAAAAAUGGAGCAUAUAGAUCGCUUUAUAAUCCAAAUUAUAUGAUUACUGGAAAGGAAGAUGCAGCUAAUAACUAUGCAAGAGGUCAUUAUACAAUUGGUCGUGAAUAUAUUGAGCAAGUGAUGGAACAAACUAGAAAAUUAUCUGAAAAUUGUGAUGGAUUUCAAGGAUUUCUCAUUUAUAAUUCAUAUGGUGGCGGAACUGGAAGUGGAUUCUCAUCACUCUUGACUGAACGCUUAGCUAGUGAUUUUGGCAAGAAAUGUCGUCUUCAAUUUGCUGUUUAUCCAGCACCAAGAAUUGCUUCUGCUGUAGUUGAGCCUUAUAAUGCUGUAUUAACAACACACAGCACAUUAGAUCAUAGUGAUUGCACCUUUAUGGUUGAUAAUGAAGCUAUUUAUGAAAUAUCUACAAAGAAAUUGAAUGUUCCAUUGCCAACUUACACAAAUCUUAAUCGUCUUGUUGCUCAAGUUGUAUCAUCAGCAACUGCUUCUCUGAGAUAUAAAGGAGACAUGAAUGUUGAUUUGAAUGAAUUCCAAACUAAUCUGGUUCCCUUUCCUCGAGUUCACUUCCCAUUAGUCUCAUUUGCGCCCCUAUCUUCAGCUCAUCGAGCUUUUCACGGUUCCAACACGAUUUCGGACAUAACAAAUGAAGUUUUCGACAACAACAAUAUAAUGGUAAAGUGUGACUUGGCAAAAGGAAAGUUUAUGAGCUGUUGUAUGCUUUAUCGCGGGGAUAUCGUCCCUAAAGAUGUCAAUGCAGCCAUAUCAACUUUGAAGUCAAAGAAGCACAUCACAUUUGUUGAAUGGUCUCCAACAGGUUUUAAAAUUGGUGUUAAUGAAUCUAAGCCGUGCUUUAUACCUGGCGGUGAUAUGUUAAAUACAUCAAGAGCUGUUUGCAUGCUAGCUAAUUCUACAUCAAUUUCUGAAGCAUGGACACGUCUAGAUCAGAAAUUUGAUUUAAUGUAUAAUAAACGAGCUUUUGUUCAUUGGUUUGUUGGUGAAGGAAUGGAAGAAGGUGAAUUUACAGAAGCACGCGAAAAUUUGGCAUCUUUAGAAAAGGACUAUGAAGAGGUUGCUGGCGAUUUAUAUGAUGAUGAUGUUGCUGAAGAUUUUGGAGAGGAAUAUUAAUAAUAUCUGUGGAUUUCAAGAAAUAAGACUCAACAGUUACUUGAUUUCAAC